AUGGGGACUUGGAGGUUCAAUAGCAUUUGCUUCUUGGUGUUCUGUGCAAUUCUUCUCAACCCGACAAGCAGCCACAGUUACUCUGAUGUUGCCUUGUUUAUCUUUGGAGAUUCCUACUAUGACGCUGGGAAUAAUAAUUACUUCAAGAAUGCUUCUGCUGAGUUUGCAAAGCUGCCAUUAAUUCCGCCAUAUUUGCAACCCGGCGGCUACCAUCAAUUCAGAAAUGGAGUGAACUUCGCAUCAGGAGGAGCUGGUGCUCUUGUUGAAACUAAUCAAGGAAUACUAAAAAAAUUGCUACUUGUUGGAGUGGAUUAUGCUGAUCGUGCUCUUAAUUUGUUUCAUUACUUGUACUAUGAUUAUCAUUAUUUGUUUCUCAUUCUUUCCUCUUUGGUUCCUUCAAAGGCGAUAGACCUUAAAACUCAACUAAGCUAUUUCAAGAAUCUGGAGAAGCAGCUAAGGCAAAAACUAGGAGCUUCAGAAGUUAAGAAAUUGUUAUCCACAGCUGUUUACAUGUUAAACAUUGGAAGUAAUGACUACCUGUCAUCUUUCUUGACAAACUCUACUGUUCUUCAAUCCUACUCUAGAGAAGAGAGUGUAAAGAUGGUUAUCGGCAACUUAACAACCGUGAUCCAAGAAAUAUAUAAGAUUGGGGGAAGGAAAUUUGGAAUAUCAAAUAUGGCUGUGUUAGGCUGUGUACCGGCCUUGAGAGCUCUAAAAUUGGCCACCACAGGUGGCUCCGGCUGCAUGGAUGAGCCUACGGUGCUUGCAAAACUACACAAUAGAGCAAUCCCUAAAGCUUUCAAGGUUUCAAAGAGGCGAAAAUGGGAUGUUGUGGCAGUGGUCCAUACAGAGGCUCCUUCACUUGUGGCAGGAAGGGAUACCAAUUUAGACUUGAUAGAGGCAGAAUGCACAACAGCUGAGGAUGAAGAUUUGGUAGAGUGCACCGCAGCAGUAGUUGAGGGGGACUCUACAAUGGCAGAUUUGGAUGAGUCUUCAGUUGAGGACUCUGUAGUGGUCGUGGAAUUGAUCGCUGGAGAUCCGGCUUCUAUACGGGAUUUUGAAGGGGACUCGAGUAGAGUUGAAUUUGUUUAUGGCAAGUGUUUCAAGGAGGUUGAAGAGGCAUGUUGUGGCAGCGGUCCUUACGGAAGCUUCAAGACUUGUGGUAGGGAAGGAUAUCGAUUAUGUGAUAAUGCUAGUGAAUAUUUCUUCUUUGAUUCGGCUCAUCCAACAGAGAGUGUCAACUAUCAAUUUGCGAAGCUAAUGUGGAGUGGAAGUUCUGAUAUUGUGAAGCCUUACAAUCUUAAAACACUAUUUGAGGAAUAG